CAAUAUAUGAAAAUAACUCUCUUUUCUGUGAGAAUUUAAUUUCGUUUGUUCGUUAAAUUCAAAGAACCAGCAUGUUGUUUAUUUUUGGAUUCUUAACACACUAAACCUUUCUUUUAAACCUUUAUUUGUGAUGAAAAAUACAAGGGAAAAUUGUGUACCAGUGUAACCUCGGCCCAAGCCUAUAUAACCCAUAGCAGUGAAAUGGGCCAAGAUUAAUAAACAUGGGAAAGUGCUGAGCUUUUACUGGCCAAAAUCGUGAUGGACUUCGAGCCACUCCCCUCAGCCGCCGGCGACGCCACCGCCGACGAGACUCCUCCCGGUCGCGCCGUCUGCAGCUCCGGCUGCGGCCGCCCAACCACCGUCUGCCUCUGCCCGUACCUUCCCGCCACGCCGCUCCCCACCUCCACCACCGUCGUCAUCCUCCACCACCCGCACGCCCUCCGCCGCAACCCGCUCUCCACCCUCCCCCUCCUCGCCCGCUCCCUCUCCAACCUCCGCCUCAUCCCCGGCCGCCGCCUCCUCCCUUCCUCCGCCCCCGUCAUCUCUCGCUCUCCCGUCCUCCUGCUCUUCCCUUCGCCGGACGCCGCCGACCUCGCUUCCUGGUGCCGAUCCACGCCUCCGCCCGCGCGCGCCAACCCGACACUGCUACUGCUCGAUGGGACAUGGAAGCAGGCCAAGGAGAUGCACGCCGCUAGCCUCCCGUUCCUGUCCUCCUUCGCCGUCCCCGUCUCGCUGCCCGUCGACUGCGGCGUUGACGGCGACAGCAUGUUCGAGGGGGAGCUUGUGGUGAAGAAGGAGCCGCACAAGGGGUGCGUGAGCACUAUGGAGGCCGUCGCGAGGGCUCUGCGGCUGCUGGAGCCGGAGGGGAGGGGAGAAGAGAUCGAGGAGACGAUGGUGGGGGUGCUCAGGGCGAUGGUUGCCUUCCAGGCUGAGCAUUUGCAGCAUCGGCCGAUGAAACCGAGGGUGAAGAUGAGGAAGAAGAAGGAUAUUAAGAGGGAGGAGGAGAUGAAGAGGAACACAUUGGACUGGAGUGACUGAAUCACUGAACUACUGAAGCAUCUCUGGACACAUUGGACUGGAGUGACUGAAUCACUGAACUACUGAAGCAUCUCUGGACACUGGACAUACAGUAGCUCAUUGCCGAAUCGUUGCUGGUCAUUUUGGAGGAAUAUCGCUAACAUUAUCACCAAUGAGCAAGUGAUCAAGAGAAGGAGAGGGCAGGAGAUGCUUUAAGUGUUUCUUGAGCAAUUUGUGCAACAGGUAUUGGGAACUGUUCUUGAGUUUUGCUUUUGCAUGCAAGUUGGAGAUGAUAUUUCUUCGACAGAAAUAUGAGGCGGUUGAAGAUGGAUUUCUAAGCAGAAUGUGGGUUGAAUGCAGUUUACUGAUGUCAGAUUGUUUUGGAGCUGUACCUAUGAUUUUACUGGGUUAGAUUUCCAAACAGUACUCUGUUGUAAUGUUCUCUUGUUUGAUGUAAUGCUUUUCUGCCACUAUAUGAGUUCUGCCUUAGUGAAAACUAGGCACAAUCUAAAAUUUCUUGCGAGGUGACCCAA